AUGGGAAAUAAAAAGACUAAAUACAACCACAGUGCAACAUAUGCUUGCCAUGAGUAUACGAAAUAUAGGAUAAGCGGUGGUGAUGAGCGUAUAGAACAAAUUGAGGUGGAAAGUUUAAAUAAGGAAGAGUUUUAUCAAAGGUACGUCAAGCCUAGGAAACCGGUUAAAUUCUCCGAUUGCAUAAAAGAAAUUGAUAUCAAUGAUUUUCGUAUCGACAGAUUGGCGGGGUUAUUAGGGUAUGAUGGCAAGUUGAAGGUAGAAAAGAGAUAUAAAGGGGGCUUUGGAAGCAACCUUGAACGGGUUAGGAUGGGUUUGGAUGAGUUGGUUGAAAAAUUUGACAAAGGUGAAGCCGAUUAUUAUUUGACGACUCAAUACGAGGACGAUGAUGACGAUUCAGACGGAAGUUGCGAUUUAGAUAAGGAAUCUGGGGAGGAUAAUAAGGAGGAAAAAAAGGAGGUCGGAGAUAGUGAAGAAGACGACGGAGAAAACGAGUUUGAAGAAGAACAUGCAGAACCACUCUUUCAACAGGAUGAUGGCUCAGAAUCCGAUUCGUCAUUUGGAUCCAUAGAUAUGAGCAACUUGCAAGAUGAUUUUGAGGAGGAGAAUUCAGACAACGAAAUGGAUGAAGAAGAAAUACGGGAUCGUAUUCGUCAACUAUUUCAGCCACCUUUGACAAAUAUGUACAACAAGUUACCUCAUACCCCAUCCUUAUUGUCCAUGUUAAUACCACAACAGAUAAAUAUCUGGAUGGGAUACUCUAAACCAAGCCAGAAGCCUCAGAAUCUCGGUGAUCUCUCUAGCAAAUAUAUUCCUGGAAACGGGAGCUCAUCCGGAUUGCACCAUGAUCAUGCAGAUAAUCUCUACAUUUUGGUUUCUGGAUCCAAAAGAUUCACAUUAUUUUCUCCGUAUGAUGCAGAUAAGCUAUCUACGGUGGGCACUAUCUACAGGGUUUACAAUUCGGGGGUCAUAGACUAUUAUAGGGAUGAAAAUGCUCCGUCGUGGAGUCAUAUCAGGGAGGAUGGUGCCAUGGUGCGAGAAGUCGCUAGAUGGCAAUUAGCCCAUAAAGACGUAGACCCAGACACGAAGGAGGAAUUAUUAACUAUAAUCAAUAAGCAGGAAUCAAAAUUUGAUCAUCAGCCAACGAAUCCCCCUAGCUUCUCUCACAUUCCUCCUGUAUUGUUGCACCUCGACGAAUUGAAUGCACAUGAGCGCCUGGAGCUUAUUGAAUUUAGUAACACCCACUUUCCAGGAUUUUUGGACACACCUCGAUUGACCGUAUGGUUGAAACCGGGUGAAAUGUUAUACUUGCCUACUGGAUGGUUCCACGAAGUGUCCAGUUUUGGUAGUGACACUGUAGCCGAAAAUAAAGACAACGUUCAUAUUGCAUUAAACUACUGGUUCAUACCCCCAUCUGGUGAUUCUUUGUCUAGUGUCUAUCAGGACACAUACUGGCAUGACGAUUUUGAAAAGUCUAAACAAGCCAUAGAUUUGGCUACCAGGGGUUCUGUAAAAAUAGAUUAA